AUGUCGUCGAGAUACAGGGUGGAAUAUCAUUUAAAAAGUCAUAGAAAGGAUGAAUUUAUCGAAUGGAUCAAAGGGUUGCUAGCGACCCCAUUUGUAUUGCAUGCGGUAUCGCCUGUUGAAGAAGGAGAUGACUUAACUACGACACAACGAGUAAAAUCUAAGUAUGCAGAUAUUUUGAAAGAUAUAGAACAAUUAAUACUUAACAAGAUAGAGUUUGAUGAACAGAACAUGAUAAUGUCUGAAUCUUAUUUGAAUGGAAGUUCUCCAGAGGCUAAAUCCAGAUUAAACAUGUUAGUGCCUUCAAUUGGUACCUUUUUCACCGAAUUGCCUUUGGAGAGAGCAUUCCUUUGGGAAGACUCUCAAAGGGCUAUUUCUUCAAGAAGGAUGAUUGCACCUAGUUUCAAUGAUAUUAGACAUAUAUUAAAUACCGCUCAAAUUUUACAUUUUAUCAAACAAAAGAGGAUAGGUUUUAAAAAUGGUAAACCUUUAAAAUUAGUUACAUUUGAUGGGGAUGUAACAUUGUAUGAAGAUGGCGGCUCUUUGAAUGAUUCCAAUCCAGUGGUCCCACAUAUUUUACAUUUAUUAGCAAAUGAUAUUAAAGUUGGUAUUGUUACAGCUGCCGGGUAUGAUGAAGCAGAGUCUUAUGAAUCUAGAUUAGAAGGACUGAUGACUCAACUGCAUGCUUCGACUACUUUAACCUCGGAGCAAAAGAGUAAUUUAACUGUAAUGGGUGGUGAAUGUAACUAUUUGUUCCGUUAUUCUGACAGUAUUCAGAGAGAAAGUAGUGGUAAGACAUAUGGUCUUGAGUAUUUCCAUAGAGAAACAUGGGCUCUUGAAGAAAUCAAAAAUUGGACUAAACAAGAAAUGGAUGCUUUGUUAGAUUAUGCAGAAAAGACACUGAAUACUUUAAAAGUUAGAUUAAAUUUACCAACAGAGAUUCCUAUUAUAAGAAAGAAAAGAGCUGUUGGUAUAGUUCCGGGUAAAAGGUUUGAUGUAUCCUUGCAAAGACACAUACCUUUGAAAUUAUCUAGAGAACAAUUAGAAGAGAUAGUACUAACUUUACAAAAUUCUAUUUCUAAUUCACCAACUAGUACAAACAUUAAGUUUAGUUGUUUCGACGGUGGUAGUGAUGUUUGGUGUGAUAUUGGUGAUAAAAACCUGGGUAUUCGUUGUUUACAACAUUUUUAUGAUCCUGAAAAUCCUAUUCAACCAUAUGAAACUUUACAUAUUGGUGAUCAAUUUGCUCCAAUGGGUUCUGCUAAUGAUUUUAAAGCAAGAUUGGCAGGGUGCACGUUGUGGAUCGCCUCACCUGGUGAAACUGUAGAUAUCUUAAACAGAUUAUUAGAAUAG